CCUAUCUAUAAUCGCAUCGCAUAUCGCCAUCUUCAACUAUAGAUAUCGCGACAAAGAGGUCAAAAUCUGUAUGUUUGUAAUCUAAAACCUCUCCGAUUCACUUCCUUUUCCAGAUAAGGCCUCACCCAGAGAGAGAGAGAGAGAGAGAAUCUCACAAGAGGUAUGGCUGCAAUGACGCUCAACUCGGUGAACUUUGGGGCUGCGAAAGCCGUGAAAUUUGAGUAUGUGGGGCUGAAAGCGCACCAGAAUAUCACUAGUGCAAGGCCUCACUCGGUCAAAUUCGUGCCAAGGGCGCUUACAGUGAACGCAGGAGAGGCUCAGGGGGGCGGGCCGGUUAAGAAGUUGGGAAAGAGUGAUGAGGAGUGUGAGGCCGCGGUGGUUGCAGGGAUUGUCCCAGAAGCGCCCCCCAUCCCCCCAAAACCUGCUGCACCGGCUGGCACCCCUCUCGCCGCCCCCCUUCCUCUUAGUAGGAGACCAAGGCGGAAUCGUAGAUCACCGGUACUGAGGGCAGCCUUCCAAGAAACUAGUAUAAGCCCUGCAAACCUGGUUUAUCCACUCUUCAUCCAUGAAGGGGAAGAAGACACUCCAAUUGGAGCAAUGCCUGGAUGUUAUAGGCUUGGGUGGAGACACGGACUUGUGGAAGAGGUUGCUAAGGCUCGAGAUGUUGGUGUUAACAGCAUUGUGCUCUUUCCAAAAGUUCCCGAUGCUUUAAAGACUUCAACGGGAGAUGAAGCAUAUAAUGACAAUGGGCUGGUGCCAAGAACCAUAAGACUUUUGAAAGACAAGUAUCCGGAUCUCAUUAUAUACACCGAUGUUGCCCUAGAUCCAUAUUCCUCUGAUGGACAUGAUGGCAUCGUAAGGGAAGAUGGAGUCAUCUUGAAUGACGAAACUGUACAUCAGCUUUGUAAACAGGCAGUAUCUCAGGCCAGAGCAGGAGCGGAUGUCGUGAGCCCCAGUGAUAUGAUGGAUGGUCGUGUAGGAGCUAUUCGAGAUGCUCUUGAUGCUGAAGGCUUUGAGCACGUCUCCAUCAUGUCCUACACAGCCAAAUACGCUAGCUCGUUCUAUGGCCCCUUCCGAGAAGCAUUGGACUCAAAUCCACGUUUUGGUGACAAGAAAACGUAUCAAAUGAAUCCCGCAAAUUAUAGAGAGGCCCUUAUCGAAACCCAUGAGGACAAGGCCGAAGGGGCUGAUAUCCUUCUGGUUAAACCAGGUCUACCUUACCUCGACAUCAUACGCCUUCUACGGGAUAACUCUUCUUUGCCCAUUGCUGCAUAUCAGGUGUCAGGCGAAUACUCGAUGAUCAAGGCUGGCGGGGCCCUGAAAAUGAUCGACGAGGAGAGAGUGAUGAUGGAGUCGCUGAUGUGUCUUCGACGAGCCGGCGCCGACAUCAUCCUGACAUAUUUUGCUUUGCAAGCUGCUAGAUGCAUGUGUGGGGAGAAGAGGUGAGAGAUGUAACCCAACUCUCCCAUGUGUGGAAUGUUGUGAAAAUUGAGUGUAUUUUAGGUAUUUAUUUGCUCACAUGAUUUCAUAUCCUAACUUCUACUACCUACUAGGGCGAAUUAAGGUGUAUCAAUCCUCAAUUUGAGUUUAAUAAUGUCAAUAGGAUUUGAAUCUCAAUUAUGCUAUUUAGUUUUUUUUGGUGAAAGGGCAAAAUAUUUCGAAAAGAAUGUAAAAGUACUUUAAAAUGAGAUUGUGUUGUUGUGUUAUAUUUUUUUCAUGAAGAAGUAGAAAUGUGCAACCUUUGUUGUA